UCCCUAGGCGCCGCCAUUUUCAGUGUCUGAAAGCUAGUGAGAGAAGAGGAGGCAAAGACCGGGGACCGGGAGCAGCGGCGCUGAGGUCACCGGAGGGCGGGAGUGACAGCUCCGGGGCAGAGCUGUGUGUCUCUGGCUACAGACUACGACCGGCCCCGUGUAGUCUGAUCCUGCAGUCGUGUGUUACUGCACCUUCUGCAUCCGUCUGUCCCCGAGUCGCCCUCUUUGCAUUGACAGGAGGCUGUGGGUCCUGCCUUGUGACAGCCGUGCACUUCCAAGAUGAACGUUACCAAGGGUGGCCUGGUGCUGUUUUCUGCCAAUUCCACUGCCGCCUGCGUAGAGCUGGCCAAGAAGAUUGGAGAACGCCUUGGGAUUGAGCUGGGAAAAGUGCUGGUGUACCAGGAAUCAAACCGAGAGACCCGCGUUCAGAUCCAGGAGUCGGUGCGAGGGAAGGACGUGUUUAUCAUACAGACGGUUUCAAAGGAUGUGAACACGACAAUCAUGGAGCUUUUAAUCAUGGUGUACGCAUGCCGGACCUCGUGCGCGAAGACCAUCAGCGGCGUCAUCCCUUACUUCCCUUACAGCAAGCAGUGCAAGAUGAGGAAGAGAGGGUCCAUUGUCUCCAAGCUCCUGGCCUCCAUGAUGUGCAAAGCCGGUCUAACUCACUUCAUUACCAUGGACCUGCAUCAGAAGGAGAUUCAGGGCUUCUUCAAUAUUCCCGUGGACAAUCUACGAGCGUCUCCGUUCCUCUUACAGUACAUCCAGGAAGAGAUUCCCGACUACAGAAAUGCAGUUAUUGUAGCCAAAUCGCCGUCCUCUGCAAAAAGAGCUCAGUCUUUUGCUGAAAGGCUACGGCUAGGAAUCGCCGUUAUCCACGGAGAAGCUCAGGAUGCGGAAUCCGACAUGGUAGACGGAAGACAUUCACCGCCGGUUGUCAAGAAUAUCUCUGCCAUUCACCCCUCCUUAGAGAUACCCUUGAUGUUCCCCAAAGAAAAGCCUCCUAUUACUGUGGUCGGUGAUGUCGGGGGAAGGAUAGCCAUCAUUGUCGACGACAUCAUUGACGACGUAGACAGUUUUGUUGCUGCAGCUGAAACGUUGAAAGAACGAGGAGCCUACAAAAUCUUUGUCAUGGCCACCCACGGGCUCUUGUCCUCAGACGCUCCUAGGUUAAUAGAGGAGUCUGCCAUUGAUGAGGUAGUUGUCACGAACACCAUCCCCCACGAAAUCCAAAAGCUGCAGUGCCCCAAAAUCAAGACGGUGGACAUCAGCAUGAUCCUGUCCGAAGCCAUCCGCCGGAUCCACAACGGAGAGUCCAUGUCGUACCUCUUCAGAAAUAUAGGCUUGGAUGAUUAAUCUUCUGCCGUUUUUGUCUAUAUAAAUAUAUAUAUAUUUUUUUUAGGAAUUAUACCAAGGGCCAAAACUGGAAUUGUACAGUGUCUCUCUGUGCCGUAUAAGUGCUUACCUUAAGAUUUCAAUACAAGCCGUUAUUUUCCAGACUGUCUACCUGUAGGUUCACCAAUCGAUGACGUCUGUUUUUUAAUGUAUUUUUUUGUGAACAAAACUCACACAGAAAAGAUGCAGAUUCCCACUUGCCUUUGUUAUGUGCACUCUAGGGGUGUCUUGAUAAGCAGCAAUACUAGAGAAUAUCUGCAUUUACCCUAAAAUAUACAUAAAAAAAACUGAUUUAAAAAGG